GUACCACCACUCUGACACACACACACACAACACACAAAACACACACAAAACCUUUAUUCUUGAAUCUCAAUAUUCAUUCACUCUCUUUCAUUCAUUCAUUCACCAUGUUCAAAAUGCCCAUCCUCUUAACUCCCCUCUUCUUCCUCUUCCUUUGUGUUUCAGGUCAAGAACUACUUCAAAUCUCAACACCCAACCAAGAUUCACACACACUAGGAGUGUUUGUGAACCAGGAGAACCUAAACGACGUCGCAUCCACCGUUUUAGCAGCGGAAAACUGGCUCAGAACUCAUGUUUUGUCUUACUACCCAUCAUUUGUUAACAUAACCUCCAUUGUUGUCUCUAAUGACAACCUCUGUGAUGAAAACCAACAACAUAUUGUUGAACUAGUGUUGUUCGCUAUGCAGAAUGUUCAUCAUUCUCUUGUUAGGUGGGGUUUGGAGAAAAAAAUCAGGGUUUCUGUUAGUUUUACCCCAAAAUGUUUACAGUUACAGUUACAACAAUCGCAUGUUAAACGUGUGCUUGAAUUCUUGCUGGCUAUUGAUUCGACCUACAUUGUGAAAACUGAGGGUGUUGUUGAUCAGUUUGGUCGGGUUUUGAGCUCCUACAGGCAAUCUAGUGUGGAUUUGGGUGUUUUCGGGUCAAAAACAGCAAGAAGAAUGUUACCUGAGGGUGAUUACUCAGUUCCGUCCGAUGCGGCUGCCGCCCCGCUCCCGCCGCUCAUCGGAGUUACGCCGCCGCCGAUGUUUUCUCUACCGUUUGCUCCCGGGACGCAGCCGCCGGUUAGGAGUCCGGUGAACGGUGCACAUCCGCCGUAUGGGCUUCAUCUGCCUCCGUGCAACCCGUAUCCUAGUCCCGGAGGUGGUGGAGCGAUGGCGGCUCCACCUUUAGUGGGAGGUGACGGGGCAAUGGCGGGCCCGCCGCUUGCGCGUGAACAAAUGUGGUGCGUGGCGAAACCGAGUGUACCGCUGGAAAAGUUGCAGGAGGCAAUGGAUUACGCGUGUGGAGAAGGUGGUGCGGAUUGUGGUCCGAUUAGUCCAAACGGAAGUUGUUACUUUCCGGACUCCGUUGUGGCUCAUGCUUCCUACGCUUUCAAUAGUUACUGGCAGAAGAACAAGAAGAACGGUGGGACUUGUGGAUUUGGCGGAACCGCCAUGCUCAUCAGCUCCGAUCCAAGUUUUCUUCAGUGCCAUUUCACACUUGCAUAAGUUUUGAAGAUGUGAAGGAAGUGGGGUAAAAUGGUAUUGAGCAUUGGUUAAGAACUGAUAUGUUGGUAGAUUAGUUUAUUAAGUAAGUUAUUGGAAUUGUGGCUGUUUUGAUGAUUAAUUUAUUGUAAUCUUUUGAGAACUGGCCGGAAAACCACUUCUAUGUUAGCGGCCACCGGAUAAAACUGACUUAUCUUAGUGUUUAACUUGUUCUAGAUCGGCAUGGUCAGUCGAUAAUGUCAUAUGAAUGCUAUGCACUUUCUUUUUUUGUGUCUA